AUGCACACUGGAUCCUGUCUGUGUCAAGCAGUGCGAUACGAAUACCAAGGCGAGCCUGUGCAGAAGUCCAUCUGCCACUGCCUAACCUGCCGCAAACUAUGCAGCGGUGCCUCUACAAAUAUCCUCAUCCCCAGCGCUCUAUUCAACCUAACAAGCGGCAAAGUGAAGCACUACACCGUCACCCACGAGAGCGGCAUGCACCUGACGGCCUCCUUCUGCGAGCAUUGCGGCGUGCUCCUCUAUAAGACAGCCGAUGACCCGGCGUUCGAGUGCAUGGUUGUCCUCCAGGUAGGCACGCUGGACGAGCCGGACACUUUCGACCGGGCGGCGCCGGAUACAGAGCAGUAUAUCGGUUAUCGGGCUAAAUGGAGGCCUCCACUAGAGUAUGCUGCGCAGAAGGAGGGGUUUAGUUGA